GUGUUCAUUUGCCAGCAGUAGGCCUAUUAGCCAGCACAACAAUAACGACGAAUGGUCUCGAUCUCCUGUCCAUGCAGAAGUCGUAUCAUGUCACUAAUGACUAAUGUGUGUAGCUAAUGUCGUGUGACAGCAGCAGGUGUACUCUGUGCACAGAAACAGUUCCUCUCCAGUACUGCUUGCCAAAGUAUUCUUUAUUCAUAAGUAUCUGAACAGUUCCUUUUGAAAAAGGUUUGAGGAAUGAGCAUUUAACUCAUGCCACUUAGGACCUUAGUUUUGUAAACUCGUUGAAAGUGCAAAGGUUUGCAGUUUUGCUUCAAAAUGAACUGGAUCAGAGUGUUGCCCCAUUGUAAAGUACUUUAUUUGUUCAUUGGGCUAUUUGCCGUUUUGCUACCGGUUUCCAUUGACUUGGGAAUCGGAGGAACAUUUUGUAGUGCAGCUAAAAUUGAAAAUGCAAAGAAUAAGUUUGAUUCCGGGGUAGUGCUGAGAGCUGUGGCUGCCUCGAGCAGUGGCACAAAUUCUCCGAGAGAAGACACCGGGCCAGCCAAGUCUAGUACGAAAGCUCCAGCAAUGAAACCCUCAGAAAUGGGCAGUGCCAAGGUGAAUGAUACUGAUGGCAGUGGCAAAAUCAAGUGUCACAAUGGCACUGCAACUUGCAAUGAGGGGUCCAGUACUGACAAUGAUGGAGGAUUUGGCACAUUCAAAGCAAUUACAGAUAACAGUGGCAUGCUGUUUCGAGCCAUGUAUGUUUUGUUGGGAGUCACAGGGAUAGUGGUGGUGUAUUUUGUCGUAAGAGCUUUGAGACUGAGGAGAAAAAGAUCCAAAUCUCGGAAAUAUGGAAUCAUAACCCAGCACGAUGAUGGAGGUGGGAUGGAGAUGGAACCUUUAGGUGAUGGAGAUGAGGACGAUGAUGACUACACAGUUUUUGAAAUGAAUGGAAGAAAGAAGUAAUCUACACAACAUGCUGGAUUUGAGUGCCAUAAGUGCGUGUUUGAAAGGUCAUAAAGAUUUGCACCUCCACAUUUCUUGGUUUAUUUUUGAUCAAAGGUUUGAAGUUUUUGAUGGAGAAUUGUAAGUUGGUGCAGAAGGCAAUAACAGAUUACUGGUGUAUUCAAAUUAGAUUUCACUUAUGCGAUAAGAUUUGAGUUGCUAUGUUGUCGUGAUUCCUGUAAGCAAAGAAAUGCAUGAUGUGGAUGCUAAGCAUAAAGGUUGUGAACAUUUUCCAAAGUAAAAGAUAAGCUAUUGGAUUCCAUAUGAGCUUUUGCCAAUAAGUGGGUACCUAGAAUGUAGCACAAAUGGUUGAUGAUAAAGUUUUUAAUAUUUCGUUUUUACAUGAAUUUUUCUAUUCAUGUAUAUCUCCUCCUACAAAAACAUGUAUUUACAGACCUACAGACGACAUGCUAAGCUGUGUAACUGGCUUUACAUAACAUCAAGUCAAAUUCAUUUGGACAUAACUAUGAUAACAUAUUUUUUAGAAUUUGAACAUACAAAAUUAUUUUAACUGUUUUCUUAUUGCUUUAAUUUUUAAAAAUAUGCAUGAAGAGCAUAUAGAAUGGUGAGGAUCCCAGAAAAAAGAAA